CGUGCCCGGCCGGCGGCGGCGGGCGGCGAAUGGCGGCGGCUCCGACGCGGAAGAAGCCGGGAGCGGCUGCCGCUCCUUGCGCCACGCUCUGAGCCCGGUGCCGGCCGGGAUGGCGGACGGCGGAGCCCCGCGGGGGACGCGACGCUGAGCGGCGGCUCGACCGUGUUCUGAUCUGCUUUCCCAAGUGAGUGUGGUGUGGCCGAGGCCAGCAUUUAACAAUGAGUGGUGCAGCGUUGGGCCUUGAGAUAGUGUUUGUCUUUUUCCUGGCCUUAUUCCUACUUCACCGGUAUGGAGACUUCAAGAAACAGCAUAGGCUGGUGAUCAUAGCAACAUUAUUGGCUUGGUAUCUCUGCUUCCUGAUUGUAUUCAUACUGCCUCUGGAUGUCAGUACGACUAUUUAUAAUCGAUGCAAGCUUGCGGUUAACUCCAGUCCUGCAGAAAGUAAUGGCUCUUACGUUACUCUUGCUCCAAGCAAGCAAAAAUGUUUCAAACCAUGGAGUUAUAUUCCUGAUGGAAUUAUGCCAAUUUUCUGGCGUGUUGUAUAUUGGACAUCUCAGUUUUUAACAUGGAUUCUGCUACCUUUCAUGCAGUCAUAUGCUAGAUCAGGAGGGUUCUCCAUCACUGGAAAGAUAAAAACUGCUUUGAUUGAGAAUGCCAUCUAUUAUGGCACUUACUUGCUGAUUUUUGGAGCAUUUCUAAUAUAUGUGGCUGUAAACCCAAACUUCAAUUUACAAUGGAACCAGCUUCAGACUAUUGGAAUAGCUGCUGCAAACACAUGGGGUCUGUUCCUUCUUGUUUUGCUUUUGGGUUAUGGUUUGGUGGAAAUCCCUCGUUCUCACUGGAAUGGGGCCAAGAGGGGUUAUCUUCUCAUGAAGACUUACUUCAAAGCUGCCAAACUGAUGACUGAAAAAGCAGAUGCAGAGGAGAAUUUAGAGGAUAUUAUGGAGGAAGUCCGUAAAGUAAGUGAGAGUAUCAAAUAUAACCACCCUUUGAGGAAAUGCGUUGAUACAAUACUGAAAAAGUGCCCUACUGAGUACCAGGAAAGAAUGGGCAGGAACAUGGAUGAUUAUGAAGAUUUUGAUGAAAGACAGAACAGUUAUCCCAGUGAAAAAAGUUUGGCCAAACUUCACAAGCAGGUAAUCUAUUCAGUGCAGAGACAUCGUCGUACACAGGUCCAGUGGCAAAUUCUUUUAGAGCAAGCAUUUUACCUGGAAGAUGUGGCAAAAAAUGAAAGCAGUGCAACUCGACAGUUUGUUCAUACCUUUCAUUCCCAGGAACCAGAAAAUAAAAUUAUUCAGUAUUUCUACACGCCAACGGUUGAGUGGUACUGGGAGUGCCUUCUCCGACCAUGGUUUUACAGAGUGCUUGCAGUUGUGCUGGCCACGUUCUCUGUAAUAGUUGUGUGGUCAGAGUGCACAUUCUUCAGCACAAAACCAGUUCUGUCACUAUUUGCGGUUUUCAUACAGCUGGCAGAGAAGACAUAUAAUUAUAUAUACAUAGAGAUGGCCUGUUUUCUUACCAUCUUUUUCUUAAGUAUCUGUGUUUACUCUACUGUCUUCAGGAUCCGUGUAUUUAACUAUUAUUACUUAGCUUCACAUCAUCAGACAGAUGCAUACAGUCUCCUUUUCAGUGGCAUGUUAUUUUGCCGUCUUACUCCACCAUUGUGCUUGAACUUUCUGGGCUUGACCCAUAUGGAUGCAACAAUCUCUCACAAAAAGACUCAGCCAACUGCUUAUACAUCUAUAAUGGGAUCCAUGAGAGUGCUGUCCUUCAUUGCAGAUGGAUUCUAUAUAUACUACCCAAUGCUUGUUGUUAUUCUCUGUAUUGCUACAUACUUCAGUUUAGGAACUCGUUGUUUGAAUCUUUUGGGAUUCCAGCAGUUCAUGGGUGAUAGUGAAAUGACCUCUGAUUUGAUUGAUGAAGGAAAAGAGCUAAUCAGAAGAGUCCUGCAGGCGCUGGGAAAGGCCGCUGCCCAGAGCAGGCCCCGCUGGCCACAGGUGCGAGCUCGCGGUGCUCCGGGGCCCGCUCUGGAGCAGGAAUGGAAGGAGCGGUAUGGAAAUAGAGAUGAUUCCACCAGAAGCAGAGCUGUCCACACAGACCAGAAAGAAUCCAGCUUCUCAGAGACCAAUGCCAAUAGACCACUAUCAAAGUAUACCCGUUCAAAUGGUAGGACUGAAAGAGAUAGAAUAGAACUCCUUCAGGAUGCAGAACCUUUGGAUUUUAAUGCAGACUCGGUUAAUGACGACCCCCUUGAAUCGGACGCGGGGAGGUACCAGCCUGGUGGAAGAUACCUGUCAAUGUCCCGAAGCAAAAUAUUUGAUGAUGUCUAAGCUCAUCAAAGCUAAAGAAAAUUCAUUGGAAAUCUAGAUCCUACUCAUUGCUUGGAAUAUACUGUAUUUACGAUAUAUCACUGAACCAUCAAAGACUCUUUAAAAAAAUAUGAAGGAACAACUCUUUUGGAAAUGCACGUGUAUGAUAACUUCACCACUUGUGAAUAUGCUUCUGCUGUUGUAGAUACUGUUGUGCAUCAGUGUGGGCUUUUGUGUCAUGACCAAAAGGAGAAAACGAUUUAAAGUUAAUAGAUGGUAAACUCAUAAAUAUACCUAGGGCUCAACUUGAACUGUAACACUCUAAGUUUGGGGAAGAGAUUUUUUUGAAUUUUUAAUUUUGUAUUUUAACCAAUGCUGUGAGAGCAUACUGAUGCAUCCAAAGUGCAGUUAUUUCAUCUGUGCUUUUGCUGAGAAAGGUUGGACUGUAAAAUCAUAGUCACAGAAUGGUUUGGGUUGGAAGGAACCUUAAAGAUCAUCUAAUUUCAAGUCCCUCUGCCAUGGGCAGGGACACCUUCCGGUGUUGCUCAGCCCUCCAUCCAGCCUGGCCUUGAACACACCCACGAAUGGGGCAUCCACAAGUUCUGUGUGGCAAGCUGUGCCAGUACCUCACCACCCUUACAAUAAAGAAUUUCUUAACAUAUCUAAUCUAAAUCUGUCCUCUUCCAAUUUUCACCCAUUUCCCUAAGAGCCUAAAUGAGAGAUGUGGAACUCCAGGCAGCUCUUCCAAAUGCAGUUUAUUACAUCCAAGAUGUUACAGCAGUCCAGGGUCGUGGGCGACAGAGCCUGUGCCUACGGCUGUCAGCUGCAGCUGCAGGCAGGCCUGGAGACCCUUAGCUUAGGUUGCAAAUGUAUUAUAUACUUUUCUUUGCUGAGCAUCUUAAUAGAGUAGAACCAAUCUAUACCUUAACUUUUAUCUAUAACCUAUCCUACUGUAAUUACCAUAUUCAUGUCACUAUUCUCCAGUCACUAAAAGUUUUAUUACAUUACAGUUUAAGUUAGAAGUUCUUUUUCAGUUUUCUUGCAGUGGAAAAUUCUGAGGCCUUUUUGCUACUUGCAACAUUUGCUGACUUGUUUGCCUGUGCUGUCUUUCUGCUUGGUAAAAACAUCAUCUUGUUUGAGGUAGAUUUAUCCUUUGCUCUAAGUCAUAAAAACCCCUUCUAAUUAACAUACCCUUUGCCUCCUUGGUUACCUAGUAAGAUUGGCUCAGCCAUUCUUUUCUUCUGUAUCAAAACUUGCUUCCAUCUCUAUUCCUUCCUCAGCUUUUACACUCAAAAAUCUUUCUGCUAAGCAUACAUAUUUGUGAGACUUUCUUGUCAAACUUUCAUCCUUCCUGACAUCCCCCCUUGUCCCAUUAAUACGCCUCCUGAUAUAGAGUGCCUCUCCAGCUUCCCUUUAGGCAUGUUCAGACACUGGAAGGUUCCUGUGAGGUCUCCACUCAACCUUCUCUUCACGAGGCUGAGCAGCCCCAACUUUUUCAGCUGGUCUUCAUUGAGGGAGGUGCUCCAGUCCUCUCACCAACCUGGAGGCCUCCUCUGGGCUGACUCCAGCAGGUCCCUGUCCCUCCCGUGCUGGGAGCCCAGCUCUGGAUGCAGUGCUCCAGGUGGGUCUCAGCAGAGCAGAGGGACAGAAUCCCCUCCCUGCCCUGCUGCCCACGGGGCUCUGGAUGCAGCCCAGGACACGUUUGGCUCUCUGGGCUGGCAGUGCCAUGGCCGGGGCAUAUGCAGCCUCUCACCCACAGCAGCCCCAAGCCCUUCUGGGCAGGGCUGCUCUCAUUUUGUUCUCUGCCCAACUUGGAAGUUUUGCCUGAGAUUGCAAUGACCCAGGUGUAAGACCUUGUCCUUACUUUGCACAGACCGACCUCUGAAGUAGGACCUGUCCAGGUCCUUCUGGACGGCUUCCCUUCCCUCCACUACCAAUUGCACCACACAGAUUGGUGUCAACAGACAGCUCUUGAGGUUCCUUCCAUCCUGCUACUCUGUGGUUCCAUGAAUCUUUUUUGGUAUAAAUUUUGGAGUGAUGCGUGUUGGUUAAAAAAGGCUGUUUUUUUUAUUUUCCAACAUUAUAUGCAGAUACAUGAUUUUAGCAUGUGUAAAUAGUUGAAAUUGAAUAUGGACCUGAGCGUCACUGUCAUAUGAGCGUAUGUGCAAUAGCAAGAAUACAUUAUUGAAGAUACGUCUGCUUAAGAUCUUUACAGAUGUAAUGAUUCAAAAUCAUGGCACUCUAGUGUUUUUGUAACUGUAAAAGAAACAUACUAUGAAGAUGAAAUUAAAUACUGAAAUAUGAUAAUUUGCACGCACCUCAGGCACGGCUUCAAACUGUAGAGUAUUUCUUUAAAAGAAGGGAAAUACAUAGCAUGACUAGGUAAUGGUAAACACUUCUAAUAUCCUAAAUACCCUGGUUGCAUUAUGUAUCAGUUUUUAAGGUGCCUGUAUUUUGCAGUAGGUUGUUGCAAAAAGAGUAAUACUUCGCCAUUCAAAAAUGCCAAUUAUUAACAGUGUGAAAAAGCGUCACAUUAAUUUCAUUAGUGUAGGCAUAUUUUUAAAUCAUAGUUAGUUGUAUGAAUUUUAAGAUAUAAUCAUAAGGUAAAAGAUGUGGUCAAAUUAAUGAUAACUUUGGUAAUUUGAAUAAUUUAAAAUGUUGCUUUUUUUUCCAGUUUCUCUGAAAUCUUUACCACUUGGGAGCUUUCUUAUGUGCUUAUUGCAAAGUUAUGUUGAAAACUAAAAGAAAACAUGUUUUUAUCAUACAUUUUUUAUCAUGCUUAAAAAACACAUCCCUUAAAGCAGCUAGGAAUGAGUUAUUAUGAAAAGUAAGUUUUCAUGAAUGACAUAUUCUAGGAAUUUUUUAAAAUAGUCUGUGUUUUCUCAAGUAAUUGUUAAUGGGGAUCUAACUCUACCUCCUGUGAUUUUAGUACAUGUGUUGUAACAGUAGUGGUAUUUGUAAUACAUUGAUCUGCCUGUUUUGAAACACUGAAUUGUUACUAUGAAGGAGAAAAAAAAUCUUUAUUUGUAUAGAAAUAAUUAUAUUAAUAAAUUAGCAGACAUACAAUAAUUGUCAGUUUUGUUCUUAGGUGAAUACAGUGAAUGUCAGCCAUACCCACAGGCAUUCAAGCUCAUGCAAUUUCCAGACUACUCAUAUGAGGUCACUUUUUAGUGUUUGUAAAAGCUUGUUCCAAGUCUUAGGCUUGAAUCUUACUGGGACUGGAAGUUGAGAAGAUUAGUCUCUUUAUUCAGAUAUUUCUUUAGGAAUUCUAUGGUAGCACCUAUUUAAUUUCUUUUUUAACUACUUAGUAGUGCUAUCUUGAAUUCAUCCUUGUAUGAAAGGUGUUGUAUAUGUUCUUGGACACCCAUCCACAUGAACGUUCUUAGACUCUAUAUGUCUUUUUUAAAAAUUUGGAUCAGCGAUUUGUUUAUAAAAAUCUUUGGCAGAAAUAAAAUUCAAACUCUUUGUUGAACUCUUGAGAUGUCACUUCAAAGGGAUCUAAUUCAGAGCCAGUAGAAAAACUAUUAGAAGGAGAGUCUUGUUUUCUGAAAAUCUGUGAAAUAACCUUACCUACUUCCUGGUGACUAGACAAUGGGAUUGAGCCUUCUUGGGGCCUGUUUAUUUCCCCCUCUCAGUGAAAUGUCUGCAAACAGAAUUUUCAGGGGAAACAUGGUCAAGAUUUUAUAUACAACAGGUAACUAGUCCCUAGUGCAGAUUUCAUUGGAAUACAGUAAUUUGAAGAGUUAACUGUAUAAAUUAAUGGCUGUGGGAUUUCAGAUUCUAACAUAGACAUUCUGAGCUGAACAUUUUUGAUGUUGCAGUGGAGUAAGGGAGAACCAAUGGCUGCUUUUUGAGCUCUGAAAAGCUCUAAAGAAUUCUCUGUAUCAUGCUUGGCAAUGCCUGCUGUCACAUAGUCCCUGGAUGCUGCUCAGUUAAACAAGGAGUUGAUAAGUGAAAUCAAGUUUUUUUCCAUAGGAGUUAUCCAGGCUCUAGUUACAUGCUGUUUAUUGGCUAAUUUAAUGUAUGUUUUGAAAAUUCAUUAUGGGUUCAUAUGACUGAAUCUGGAAUGCUUUCAAUAAAGAAAUAUGGUGUACAACUGUAGAAGAAUAACAUUUGCUGUUCACUUGAGCUAGUUUCAAACAAGUUUGGUUACUGCUAGAACAAAAAAAUGCAGAACUUGGCUGGGGGUUGUGUCCCUAAGGAUUUACCCCACUCCAGAGAGCUGUUGAUGCCCUGUCCCUGGAACCGUUCAAGCCCAGCCUGGACAUGGCUCUGAGCACUCAGUUCUAGUUGACGAUGUGCUGGCUGGUUGCAGGAGCAUUGGACUAGGUGGCCUUUACAGAUCCCUUCCAACCCAAACCGUUCUGGGAUUCCAUGGUGCUUCUCAGACAGCUUGUGGCAACCCUUGAUGGGUUCUUCCCUGCUACAGCUCCAGUCCGAGUAGCCCUGCAGCUAAAUGUUUAAGCAGUGACUGUACUCUAGACUAACAAUGUUCUUGCAUCACUUCUGAUGUUCCAAAUUAGGUGAUUUUAAAUACACUUUCCUUGCAAACUGUGCUUUUGGAAACUGAGUGUUAAUGUAUUUUUCUGUCAGUGUAUAUAUAGAGUCAUACUUAUUUGCUGCUAAAGAAUGUCAAUUAUAUAUUUCUUUAUUGUUUCACUUCCUGAAUUACUGAGCAGUUAGUGUUUACUUCUUGCCAUCAUUUCUGCAGUUUUCUCUCUGUCAGUGAACACCAAAACAUGAAAAAUCCCACCCAAGUUAAGUACAAAUGUUUGAAUGUCUUCCUGUCAAAGAUUUAACUGAGUAAAAUAAUGUGUGCAAGUCACAAUGAACUUCAAAAAGCAGUGUGAAAACAGUACCUAAUCAGUGUUGGAAUUCUUAAAAAGUAUGGGUAGGCAAAAAGCUGUAGUCAAACUUAUUACUCCUACUAGAUUAGUAGUUCUCUUUUUCUUAAUAUAUAUUUUGAUAUGUAUACUGGGAAAUAUGUGCCCUACUCAGCUAAGGAGGGGUGCAUCUCUCAGCUGUGAAGUGAGGCAGUGUUUUUAUAAGGGAAGGUAAAAGGUGUGUAACUUCUAAUCUGUGCUCAUAGUGAUAGUUUGCUUUGGGCAAAGGACGACAUAGCUUCUUAUUUAACUACAGUAAAGUGUUAAGAAAAAAAUAAACUUUAUGCUUCUAUAAACUAUACUACUGGAAAAAUGAUGGUAUGUAAUCUGACUUUAUUUUGCAAUCAAGCACUUGUAAAGUAGUCAUUAACAGUAUUAACAGGAAUGGUGGAAAGCUGCUGCCUUUUCAAUAUUUAUUCAUGCUAUUUUAAAAUACAACAUGAACAAUGGUUUUUACAUAGGAAAUAUUUAAAAAUUAUUACUAUGAUUUUCUAUGAUUAUGGUAAUUUGUAUUUUAUUAAAUUUGUCGUGGAAUACUGUAAAUAUUAUGUGAAAAAUACUCCAUUUAAUUUCAGUUUUCAUUAUUGCUUUAAUUACUUGAAUUCUGUGGGGCAUUCAUAAUACCAAAUAGAGAACACUUUAUGAAGGAAAACUUUCUGUGAAGCUUCUUAAAAAAUCUGACUGGUUCAUUACAGACAUAUAGGUGCAUCUUAAUUAUUAACAAUAACACUACUAAGGGGAUAUAUCGUGUCCUAGCUUUUUAAUUUUUCUUUGAAAUUAAAAAAAUUGUUACUUUUUUUAGAGCAGCUUAGUUGUGGAUCUUGUAAACUUUCUGAAACUUUUACAUUCCUUUUCCCUAAUGGGCUCUGCAGGAAUAUGUGCUGCUUCAUGGCAGUCACCUAAUACUAGCUGUGCCUCUAAUUAAGUAGUCUAAUCUGAAGCAGAGACACUCCUACACCAUUUGAUUAUGUUAACAGAAAUUCAGCAUUCCUAGCAAAAAAAAAAAAAAAAAAGGCACGUUGAACUAGAUCCCUUUUAAAUACAUUAAUUGCUGUUGUUGAUUUUAUUGCAUUAUAUUUGGUAUCCUCUGUUUGAGUCAUAUCAUAAGCCAAAUCAGGUUUAUUCUUUGUUUCUCUUAGAAUGCAUUGGAACAAAAUCCUCAGCAUGCUUUUGUGUGCAUGUGUGUGUUUUAGUAUGCAACUUCAGUUAUUUUCUCAGGAUAAUGUUGUUAUAUUUGACAUUCCUGUGAACUAGUAGUUUCAGAAUGAUACCUUAGCUAUCACUGUAGAAAUUAAUUAUUUUCAAUAGAAAUACAUUGUGUUUCUGUAGAAGUAUCUGGAAGAUAAGGGAAUUCAUUUGUAAGUAUAGGUUUAGUAAUAGACCUCCAUUCUCCAGUGUAUAUCAAGAUAGGCUGUAGGAGUGCUGCUUAUGGAUAGACUAUCUUCUUUUGCCUUAUGAUACGAGUAUGUAUGCAUAAAUACCUUGUUUUGAAAUUCAGAGUUAAACAUUUUUCUCUGUAGUGUUCUGAAUUACUGUUGUAUUGGAUUAUAUUUUUGAAAUGUGUGUUACAAUAUAUAGAGUCAAAUACUUAAAUUGGCAUGAAAUAAAUAAUUUCUGCAAUACA